AUGUUUUAUUUAAAUUAGAAAUUGCUUAAAAAAAUGAUAAUGUUUUCUAUCUUAACUAGACUACUUUUUAAUAAACCUAAAUUCAUAAACAGUAACAGAAAUCUAAUUCAAGAUUUUUAAGCAUUGAACAGGAGCAAGAAAAUGAAAUUAAUAAGGAAGAAAACACAAUCAAUAAUAAAGAAGAAAUAAGCAAAGCUUGGGAAUAUUUUUAUAUAUUGA